CCCUCCCUCCGCCCGCUGCGUUCCGCCCGUCCCAUUUCGCAACUCCAGUCUUUGGGUUUUUUUCCUUUUUUGAAUUUGUCCCCCCGCCAUGUCCACAACCGAGCCCGCGCCGCUGCCCGGCGAUCUUGCUCUCCUCCCGACGUCCGAUCUUGUCUCGCUGAUUGAUGCAAAAAUCGGUUCAAUUCUCCACGCCGUUCAGGCAAUCAUGCUCCAAACCGGCCAGCAGGGCCUUGUCCUGCCGUCCUCCAGCGCCUCGCCGGAGAAGUUCCCGGUCAAUGAGCAACUGCUUCAGGCGGUCGGCCAGCUGAUGACCUUCUACAAGGCGACCAUGGGUCAGAUCAAGCUUCUCCUCGAGACGCUCUACUCGGAGGAGCGUACCGGCUCGUCUGUGCCAGACGUUGGCAUCAACGAGGAGGUCACCUCGCUCCUGCGCAAGGACGCCGCCUACAAGGAGCGCAUCGCCGAGAAGCUGGCCCUCCUGAAGGAGAUCAAGGUCACGCUGUCGGCCUUUGAGAUCCACUUCUCCAAUGAUGCCUCCGAUCCGGCCGUUGGGAUAUAAUCGAACCAUAUUUGUGGUGCCGGCCGCGUGACGUUGGGCCCACCCACCAUAUGCCUGCGUGUGUGACCCACAGCGCGCAGCAAUGUGGCCUUUGUCUGGUGGCGGGUUCCAAUAGACGCCUUCGUUGAUCGAAGGGACAUCCAA